AUCGUCAUUGUCAACGGUUGUGCAUAAACGCAAUGGAACGCGUUUCUCUAUUAUUUAAUUUUCAAAUAAUUUUAAUAAUGUAAAGACAUUUCAACAUAUUUUUAACAUCCUCAACGCUUCACAUCUGAAAAUAAUAUAUAUAAUAAGUUAGUAUAUUAUAUAUAUUGAACUGCUUUAUCUCUUCAUAAUUUAUGCAAUAUGUUUUAUAUAAUUAUCUAUGCAUUUGUUUUCUUUUCUUCCAUAUUACAUGUCUUAUGUUUAGAUGACCUGUAACCUCGCGACUUCAGCUUGUGCAUUUUAUAUUUUGUUCUUAUAUAAAUGCAACAUACUUUAACGGAUUCCGCAGAGAAUUCUUGGUGCAGUUUUAAGACAUUAGAAGAGCAACAUUUCAAGCAAAAUGAAGACGUUUGUGUUCUACGUUUGUGUGUUCUCGCUUAUUUAUUUUAUCUCAGCUAAAGCUUUGCAACCGCAGCCAAGAUUAAGCCGGAAACUAUUAGCUACUAAACAAGAUUUUGACGAAUGCGUUAACAUGAUUAAUAUCACGAGUGACGAAAUGUUCAAAAUGAAUGAUAUAUUAAAUGACACAUAUAAAGUAUCUGGAAACGAAGAGAAAGUAAGAAAACACGGAUGUAUAUUCCAUUGUGUGUUGGAAAAAGUUGGCGCGAUGGAAGGAUCAGAAAUUAUUGUAGAUAAAAUGUAUAGUGAAGUUCGUAAAAGAGUAAUCCCACAAUUAAAGGACAAUGUUAUCAAAAUAGUGGAUAACUGUAUAAAAGCAAUAAAAACUGUCACGGAAAAAUGUCAGAAAACUUUUAAUCUAGAAGUGUGUUUACUAAAAGCUGAAUUUAAAGAGCUUGACGAAUACUUACGUGAAAUUGACACACACCAUACUACAACACCUGAACCAGAGAUAAAGACAUAACAAACCGAUGACAUCAGAUUAGUUUUUGCGACAAAAUGCAAAUUAAGAUGUAUUGAAUGAAUUUCAAUCAACAGCUCUUAUCAUUUACAUAAUUUUUGCUACACGCGUCUAGGAAAACAUUGAAUCGUAUUGGUUUAAGAAAUUAUAUUUAAUCGGGAUAAAGUCGUACAAAUUUACGUGAUAUAAAAAAAAAAAAUAUAUAUAUACAGGGUGAGUCAUUUUAGUCUAUGGAUCCGAAUAUCUUCCAAAUUACGGUAUCUACAAAAAAAUGGUUUAGAUAAAAGUUGACCAGGACAGAGGGGGU